AUGACGAGUAAGAAAGGGAAACAGGAGCAGCAUCAGACGCCGCAGGAGAUGGUCCAGGUCGGUCCACGAGCGGGGCUCCCAUUCUGGAGAUCGAUGUCGUCGUCUUCCCGGCCGCAGAGUCCUCAUGUGCCCUUUAACCAUAACACAGUGGUCGGGGCUGCUUACGCCCAUACAGAUAUGUUGAAGGUCCGUGACAUUAACACUGGGAAACCGAGCAGAAGAGCAUUCUCGUCGCAGCAUCCAUAUGGCAACUUCCUUUCGCAGGGAUCCGGAGGGCCAACUCCUGACCCUGAUGACGAAGAUGAUGGCGAUGAAAUAGGGUACGAGGAUGAUGAAGAUGAAUUUGGGCUUCCAAGUGUUACGAACAUGCGACGACAACGAGCCAAGCCCAUGACUUAUAAUCUUCAGAUGAAGAGCAACCAAGCCACAUCUGACCCGAGUAGUCACGUAAACGGUUCAAGCCUGGUUCCUAGUAUGCACGGCAUGCGCCUUCGAGCGAACAGUGCGGAUAUUGCUGAAGAGCGGGGAGGCCUGACAUACCCUACAGCCAACAGGUCUGAAGGAAAGAUACUUCGGCCGCAAUAUAAAGAUAUAUUAAAAGACCCCGCAAAUUCCUUAAACUUAAUCAACCAUUCGCCUCCAUCACCUAGUGCUAGUGCAAAGGAAAAAGAGGCACAUUCUACCCGAAUAAGUCGGGUUAACAAGUUCAAACGAAUACUCCAAUCUAGUACCGUAUCAUUGCCUGAGCUUCGUGAUUUGGCUUGGUCAGGCAUUCCGGAAGAAGUCAGGGCGAUGACAUGGCAGCUGCUUCUCGGAUAUUUGCCCGCAAACAGCGAUCGCCGUGUCUCAACACUAGAACGCAAACGAAAGGAAUACCUCGAUGGUGUACGGCAAGCCUUUGAGCGUAAUUCAUCGAUUGGAUCUAAAGCUGUGCCGGCCACAUCAUCCACUCCAAACCUAGGCAGUGGGAGGGGCAUUGACGAAGCAAUUUGGCAUCAAAUCAGUAUCGACAUUCCGAGGACCAACCCACAUAUACCCCUAUACGCUUAUGAUGCGACACAGCGGUCCUUGGAACGAAUCCUAUAUGUUUGGGCAAUUCGACACCCUGCAAGUGGAUAUGUUCAAGGAAUAAAUGACCUUGUUACCCCUUUCUGGCAAGUUUUUCUGGGUUCAUAUAUCACUGAUUCUGAUAUUGAACAAGGUAUGGAUCCAGGGCAGCUGCCACAGCCAGUGAUCAACGCUGUAGAAGCCGACUCGUUCUGGUGUUUAACAAAACUUCUUGAUGGCAUCCAAGAUAAUUAUAUUUACGCACAGCCUGGGAUACACAGGCAGGUUAAUGCGCUUCAUGACCUUACGAGACGCAUUGAUUCCGCACUCACCAAACACUUCGAGAACGAGAGCGUCGAGUUUAUGCAAUUCAGUUUUCGGUGGAUGAACUGUCUGCUCAUGCGUGAAAUUAGUAUCAAAAAUACAAUAAGGAUGUGGGACACAUACAUGGUAGAGUACCCCAGAGCCCAAUCACGGGCGGAGGAACAGGGGUUUUCGCGGUUUCACUUGUAUGUAUGCGCUGCAUUCCUUGUAAAGUGGUCGGAGCAGUUGCUCAAGAUGGAUUUCCAAGAGAUUAUGAUGUUCCUCCAGGCACUCCCAACGCGCAACUGGACCGAAAAGGAUAUAGAGCUUCUCUUGAGCGAAGCGUUCAUAUGGCAAAGCUUGUUUCAAGAUUCAAGCGCACAUCUCAGAUCUGAUGGCACUGCAACAGAAAGACCAAGUUCAGCUGCGCCUUAA